AUGUCCAGGCUGAGCAAGAGGCCCGCCGCCCUGGUGGUGCUGCAUGGCUGUCUGCUGGCCCUUCUUUGUGUAGCAGCAGAGCCUGCAGCGCGUACUGUACAAGUUCAAUAUGUUACCAAUAAUGCAGCAGAUACAAAAGCUGUCUCCUCUGCGCACUCCCAAGAUCUCCAGCUGCUGAGUCUAGUAGAGGCGGAGACAGCACAAACCCACAUCUCUGCUGUACAAGACCCAGCGAGAUACUGCAGCGAUGUAGGGGCCUCCAUGACGCACUUCUGUCAAACCUUAAAAGAAUUUGCUGCUGCUGUACUCGUAACGGAGCAGCUAGACGGUGUGGACUGCGCAUACAAGACUCUGCAAGAGUUAAGGGAAGAAGCAAGACAGCAGAAAAUAGAGAGAAAGGCAAGAAAGAAACAAGCAGCAGCAGAAGCAAAAGCAGCAAAGGCAGCAAAAGCAAGAGCAAGAAGAAUAGCCAAAGGUAUUCUUGCUGCUGGAGCAGCACAGAAUGCAGAAUCACAUUCAUUAAAGAAGACGUCGCUGCGGCCGCCAGCAGCAGCAGCAGCAGCAGCAACAGCAGCAACAACAGUGACUAGUUUACUGCAGCUGCCUUCAUUAAGCGACCAAGCAGCACAUCAAGAAGAACUUGCCAAGGCCUAUGCUAGGCAGGUGCAGACAGCGCGGCAGAACUCCAAAGCAAACGUUCUGCUGCUAUGCGGAAUGGCAAAGGAGUUGCUGGCGGGCAUAAUUGCUGCUGCUUCUACUGCACCUGAAGGUUCAACUUUUGAGCUAGAUUUUGCUGCGGUUGAGGGUUCUCUUCGUUCUGUAUUGAUACAAGGAAGCUCUUUUGCGCAGCCUUUAGCUGUCUUUUGCGUAGCAAUUAUUGAAGAAGCUUUAAGUGGAAUAAAUGCAAAAAAUAAAACAGCAGCAGAUGCACAGACAGAAGCUUGCCUCUCCCUUAAUGACCUUCAAACCGUUGCAACUGCAGCAGCAAAGCAAAAAGCUGAACUUACUGCAGCACAACUGCAAACACCAGCAGCAACAAUCAAUCAACAAGUACGAAGUAAUGUAGCGGGAACUGCUACAGCAGGAAUCACAGAACAAAUGGCUCAGCAAGCCGUGGACCUGAGCUCAACCCCUACAGCAGGAGGUGGGGUUAAGCUGGUGGUUGGGAGCCAAGAGAAUCCAAUAGAAAUACCCUCAACACCUCAGGUUGAUCUAAGUACCGAGACGCCUGUAGUAGUGCCGCCGAUGCCUUCUGUCUUGCUCCCUGGAGGGGCUCCUGACGUCAGCAUUGCCAAAGGCGGAGGAGCAGCAGGAGGUGCAGGAGGAGCAGCAGGAGGUGCAGGAGGAGCAGCAGGAGGUGCAGGAGGAGCAGCACCAGGUGGAGGCGGGGGUUUUAGUGCAACAAUCUCUUCUCAUGCCCCUGGGUCUUCACCGAUGGGCAUGGGUGUUUCAUCAGUAUCAAUUCACCCUCAUUCACACCCUAGCGGCGGCGGCAGCAGUAGCAGCAGCGGCAGCAUGCAGGGUUUGCCGGGGCAGCCCACAUCCGUGCAUAUUAUGCGUUUCGGUGAUGGCCCAGGGGCCCAGGGGGGCCCCCAUGGCGCCUCUGGGGGGCCCGUCAUUACCUCAAGUGUGCGUGUUACCGAUCACUACGGACAGGGGGGCCCCACUGGUGUCCCCCACUCCCGCGGCGUUCAAGUGCUGCACGUAGACUCUGAGGGGACCCCCGAGGGUGCAGCAGCGGGGGGCCCUCCACAAGGCCAAGGCCAGAUGUAUGGAGCAGGAGCAAUGGGACACCCACCAAUGGGGUCUGCGCCAACAGCAGUUUAUCGAGUGCGAUUCGGAGACAACUCGGGGGGACAGCAGCAACAGCAGCAGCAGCAGCAGCAGCAGCCUACUCAUCCUGGAGCUACACAUAUCUCCUUUGGGGUAGAGGGCCCCCAGGGGCCCCCAGGGACAGGUGGCGGCUACUGGCGCGUGCAAGGAGGCGGAGACGGUGGUGGCGCAGCAGCAGGUGCACCAGGUUUUGGCUCUCUACAACAGAGGAUAGGGACGCCAGACCCUAAUCAGCUCUUCGUUCCUGGCUUCAAUGCCACUUCUGUCACCCUCAGCGGUCUCCCCUUCUAUGCCACUAUGGGCCAAGUCCCCCAAUUCGGUGCCCGCUUCCAUGGAAUCCAGCCGGACUUCAUUCUUGGCAAUGCAGGCACGCGUAGCGAUGUCUGCGUAACAGAAGCAAUGCUCGUUCCGUCAAGCAAUUGGGGCCCCCGUCAGCGGUGGAUGGUGGAUGCCUUUGGGGGCCUCCCCCAUUCACUUGGGGCUUAUGCAGCUGCUGCUGUGGAGCGCUGGGCAUUAAAAAGGGCUCAUGAGGCAACCGAUCAUGUUUUCGUUCUUUUCACAGACAGAAAUACUAUCAAGACACAUGUGGAUAACUUGUUGAAGAAAUACCAGAUGCAGCUGCAAGAAACAACAUCUCCUGCUCCUUCUUUUAAUUCUCUUACCAGCAGCCCCUGCAGAUCGAUUGCGGAUGAAGCACGAAGACUUUUUUUUGAUCUCUUUUCUACCAGCCGCCUCUUCGGCUUAGUUAGCAGCAACCCCGCAGCAAAUGCGCGACUAAGGCUACGCGCGCACCAGCUACAGAACCAGGGUAUUACUCCUGUUAUGCCUGCUGCUGUGGACGUUGCGUUAAGCGAAGAACUCCGGAAGAUACAGAAUAGCAUUCAUUCGGUGUUGGCGAGCUCUGUCUUCUCCCUCGACACUACCUUGAUGAAGCUUAACAGCGCUGCAUUCCACGCUUUGACCCUCAGCAUCGGCUUCUUUGGGGGCCUCGCCUCAUCUGUCCCCUCCCUACCUGAGACGGAGCAGGCAGUGCUGCAAGCAGCACAAGAAAGAAUGCUGUCUUUUUGGAGUAGUGGGAGCGAUGGGAGCCGAAAGAAAAGAAAGAAUAAGAAGGAAGCAAAAGCAGCAGCAGCAGCAGCAAUAGACGGAAGUCUUCUUAGAGCUAUUGAAGAUUAUACAUCGGGCUUAGAGCGUCUUGUAACUGUGAUGAUGCACUCCGCCCAUGCGCAACAUUUAUAUAAUCUUGCUGCACAUACAUGGAUACAAAUAAGAAGCAUUUAUAAUGCAGCUGAGGGCUUUAAACCCCAAAAAAACCCGACAGCAAACCCUAGAAGCAAACAACUUGCUGCUGUCUUCAGCAAACUAUGGUUCGAUAUGGAUGCUACAGCACUGCAGCUGCAGCAGCAGCAGCAGCAAGUUGGAUCCUCACCAUCCUUACUUAAACCUUUUGGCGCUGUCCUUGCAUCUAUUGCUCUGCAACUCGCGUUCUUCUUACAUUCCGUCGUAGAAGAAUAUCAAAGAGGUUUUUGGAGCAAGGCAGGAGCAUCAGUAAAAGCAUUUUUUCAGGAGGUGAAGACGAUAGACAUGGGUCAGGUGGCUGCAACAGUGGAGUUAUCAGGGAAGAGACAGACAGCCGGGCGAACAAUUUUAAAGCAAAAGAAAGUUUCUGUUAAGUCUUCGGCAUUACCUUAUCUUUUAAAUAAACUUUUAGCAGAGUAUACAGAUCCUUUAGAUAUACUUAGAGUAGCACAAGACCUCGCUUCCCGCUGCAACGCUCCUACAAAGCAAGAAGCACCAAAGAAGAGAAGGAUACUGAAGAGAUCAAAGCCAAUAAAUCUUGAUGAUGACAGAGUUGCGCAGAUGCUGAGCUCGAAAUUUGUCUUAGAUUCAUGGUGUCUCCUUUAUAAAGACUUUGUAGCGAAGAACAUGACCGGGGUGCGCAAUACGAAGAACGGCAACAAAUUAUUUUUGCAUUUGGAAGCAGAAUUAGAUAAAACGGCAGAAAUUGUUUUGAGACCCUCUGUCUCUGGUGCUGCUGCUGCUUCUUCUUGGGUUCUUAACAUCAAAUGCCCCUUCAUGAAGGACUUCUUAGAUGCAGAAUUGAGACAAACAACCCGCAGAAAAAUGCUCCAAUAUGCUAUCA